ACGCAACGUCUUGUUGCCACACGCAUCUAUAUCCAAACGGAAACAGAUUUUAAGUCGGUCAAUCUUGCACCCAACUCGACUGCUCUUGAUGUGUUGCAUAUGUUGCAACAGCGAGGAACGUUCGGCGACAUCGGCGAUAGCCGAUACCACGACCGAUGGACAGUGUUUGAGUACUCGAAAGAGUUUAUGAUUGAGCGUCCAUUGCGCGAUUUUGAGGUUUUGUUGGAUGUGAUGAAGACUUGGGAAGCUGAUAAGGACAACAAGAUGAUCUGCAAGAGACAAGAGGAUUUUGUGCGACCACAUGGCUGGGUGCAUGUCGAGAUGAAGAAGGGCAAGUGGGUGAAGAGGUAUCUCCAUACGACUGACACGGCCGUCUAUCACUCCAAGGACAACAAGAAGGCUCCUACGAAAUUCGGAUUUGCACUCAAGUCAUCGGACAGCAUCCACAUGUUCGAGACGCCGGAGGACGACUAUAUCCAUUACGUCUGCACUGAAUCGGGGGAGUCCCUUCGAGACUGGUUGGUGGGUCUCCGUGCGAUCAAGGUA